GUACCAGUUUAUUUUCCGAUCCUAUCUUUUACACUGGUGACCUACGGCAAACAAAAUGUCUACAACAUUCAGUCCCCCAAAGCAGAACAUUUCUCCGUUAAUUAGGGUAAGUGCAGCUAUUUAGAUUAUACAAGUUCCUUUUAAUUUUUAAAAAAAUAUUUUAACGAGUUCUUCCUGUUCCUAUAUUUGCAACACGAUCAUGAUUGAUUGCCAAUCAAAAUCGUACUAAUCAUAUUUAAAUACUUUAUUUAACUUUAGCCUAACUUUACAGUUUACUAGACUAAGAAUAAGAAGUAGUUAGGACAGGCGUGUAAAUAAAUUGUUAAUUUCAGAAUUGUUUGAAUUAAACAUUUUGUAAAAAAUAAACCAUUCUCAUAUAGAUGAGUUAUUGAGUAGAGCUAAUUUUUUUUUUUACAGAAUUUGAACACCAAAAUCAUAUUUUUUUUUUUAGCUGUUGUAGUUGUAGUUUUAAAGAGUUAUGAAAUUUUAAAGUAGGACCUCAUUUGUUCUUUUUUUAACAUGGGCCGCAUCUCCACAUUCUGUGACCUAAUUCAGCUGUUCGCGUCACCACCCUAUUCCGCUAUUCGCGUCACGAGCUAUAUAUAGGGACCUCGGUAUGAUCCGGGAAGUGCCGAAAAUAGGGUAUCGUGAUUUCGUUGUCAAAAUGGCGACCUCCACUUUUUAAUUUACCAAGGGUAGAGUUGUUUAGGAUUAUUUUUGCUAAAGUUAGUUUUUUAAUAAAUUCUACUUCUGCCCUCAACUUAAAGCAGACAUGUUUCUUGUUCAUUUGAAACUUUCCUUUUAGAAAAAAUUUGAUGGUUUGACUUUGAAAAUUAAUGGUAAAUAAUAGCUAAUUUGACUCAUUCAUAAUUUUUUUGUGGAAAAUAUAAGUUUAAAAAAAGAAAGGCAGUGUCUACACGUCCGGCGCGCCGGACGUCUAUCUCCCGCACUAUGUGUCCGGCGGCCAAGUCACAUGACCGCCGUAACAAAGUGGCGAGAUAUCUUGUCGGUCAGCCUUGUCACGUGACUGCGAAUAAUUCAAAACUAUUGUUAAUUUUAAAAUCUAUUUCUCUACCAAGUAAUGUACUGAGUAUCUUGAAUGCAAAUAAUAGAAAAAGAAACUUAAGUGAAAGUGGCUUGUAAACAUUUUUGUUUAGUUUGUUAUUUGAGUUUGUGUACCAGUAAUCCAUAAAAUAAAUUAGGGGCCAGUGUGGAGUAGGCGUAGGCAACCAAUAAAAGUUAAAGUAAAAGAUUUCAUUUUAAAUUAUUUCAAUUGCUACAAAAUAUUUCAAAACUUCUCAUGAAACUACUGUUGCUGAGGAACAUGAUAAUAUAAAUAUAUACAAAAUAUUUUAAUUAAAAUGGGAAGAAAAAAAACGACCCUAUCCCCGGUAUAGAUCCUCAAACCUUCCUAUCGUCAAGCAACCUCUCUAACACAAGACCAGACAAGAUGUACUAUACAGUACUUCGUUUGGAAUUAUAAAAACUACUAGCCGUCCGGCCAUGUCCGGCAGUCACGUGACCAGCCGCCGGACGUAUAUCUUGCUCACUACACGUCCGGCGCGCCAGACGUGUAGACACUUCGAAAAAGAAAAUACCAAUGUUAGAUGAAGGCAUAAUUAACAACAUAUCCAAAAUUCGUGAGGUUAGGACCAGUGCAUGGGUGAGAAAUUUUUGCACAAAAAUUUGGUCACGUGUCCCAAAAUUACCUAUUAUGGCUAAUGAACGUUUUUGUAGUAAGUAGCUUGAUUUACACUGGAAAUCCAGCAUAUUACCCACUAAUAAUAUUUUAAAACAAAGCAACAAUUUAAUAGCUCUAAUUACUUUUAUCUGAUGCUUUUAUUUUGAGUGGGGAAUUGGGAUAAAUAGCCCUAUCCUUAUUGUAUGAUAACUAAUAUUAUAAAUAAUUAAAUAUAUAUAUAUAUAUAUCCAUCCAUCCUAUAAGCCUAGUAUAGUAUAGCCUAUAGUGGCCUAUAGGUCUAGUACCAUCCCAACUUAUUAUUGCAAGACCUAUUAAUAAACAAUUAACUAUUAUAGUUAAUGAUAUUUUAGGCCAUGUAAUCAAAUUUUAUUAUUUAAUUUAUUUUAAUGCAAAUCAUGAUUCUUAAAUUUUAAAAUAAAAAUGUUUUAAAAAAAUAUUCACUUACCUUUGAUAUUGAAAUAUCCUGAAUUCACUCACAAAUCACAAUAUUCCACAAGAAACUUAUAUAAUCCUCAGUAUUCUUACUUAAAGAAAUAACACACUUUCUGAUACAGUAAUCCAAGAAUUUCUUAAGCUUUUACUAAAGAACAAUCAUAAAAGCUUGUACUUACCUCAAGCAAAUGACUUAGAACUUAUUUUAAUUUCUAUCAACAGCCAAAGUUAAUACAUGUUGAUUUGUGAAACAAAAUUACUAAUUUUUUGGUCAUAUUCAAAUGGGACUAAAAUACAUACAUAGAAAAUGGUAAAAAAAAAAGUAUAAUCGUCAAUUUUAUAUAAAUGAAUCAAAUAAUCCCUGUAUUAUUUGUUUAUACUGAUAAAAGUUAAACAAUUCCACAGAAAAUUUGAAAUUAAUAUCUAAAGAAUAUUAUUAUUAUUAUUAAAUUAGGGAAAUUUUAAACAUUUAUAUUUAAAAAAUAUUAAUUAAUUAAAUACAAGUAAGUGACGAGUCAGCAUAUUUUAUUCAUUUUCAUAAGGAAAAUUAUCAAGAUUAAAAAUAUUUUUUUGCGGAAUAUUAACAAAAACUAAAAUUGUAUUUUGUGGCUUUAUUUAGAAGAACUCAUAUUUAACUGUGUUCCCUCAAAGUAUCAUAUUUUUGUCUCAUUUUAUAACAAAGUUAUAGGCAUACAAACAAUAGCAAUAUGAGGGUGACGAAAUGUGGAGGAAAAUCCCAUAGUGAAAAAGGGGUUUUGAGGUCCUUACUAAAAAAUUUAUAACUUUUGAACCACUUCAGCUAGAAAGUUGAUCUUGGUGUUUUUGUAAACCAUUAUAUUUGCUCUAUACAGCUGUAGUAUUUUUAUAUUUUUAAAAAUGUUUUGAAAUUUUAAUCAAAGUGCCUACUAUAUAAAUCUCGUUUUAAUGAUAAUUUUAUACGACUUUUAACUUAUUUAGAACUAAUGCUGUACUGUAUUAAAAAAUAAUGUCAAUAGUCGUACAAUUAUAGAUAAAUUGUAGCUUAUCUAACUAUGCACUAUUAUGCAUAUCAGUAAAUUUAAUAUUUAUAAUGUAUUAAUUAUUAAUAUAUCGCUUUUCCGUUCACCAAAUCUACUUUGUCCACUAUACCGGUAUAUAUGUUAUAUAGACUAUAUAAGGCUAAGCUUACCCUUCUAAAAUACUGUUUGGGGGCUCCUUAUUUUGUACUUUUAACUUUGGCACAAGACUAAUUAUUUAAAGCUUUCCCUAAUCAUUGGUUUAAUAGUUUUUUCACACUGUAAACUUUUAUGAAUGAAACUCUGAGAUAGAACUACGGUAUAGCCUUUAUGCAAGUGACUGUGAAUGGCUGCCCAUGGCCAUGACGUUUUGCACACAGCAAAAUAUGAUCAUUUAUAAUAUGGACUCUACCAGGUUUUUAACCUCAAAUUAAAAUAUUAUUGUUAAAAUUACAUCUAAGUUCAUUCUAAAACACAAUCAAAUAUUAUGAUUUAAAUAGUUAUUUAUUAAUUUUAUUCAUCAAAAGAUAUAAUUUAUUUGCUUUACAGCAAUAAUAUAUAAAUAAUUCAUCCAAAUUAGCAUUACAUCAUUCUCUAUAUUUAAAAAAAAAAUAUCACUCUGUCACCACAAGUAUUUUUUAAAAUUAAUUUGACACUCUUGGAGCCAAAAUGAUUUUAAGUGUUCCUUAGACACUCUUGGGGUCCGGACUAUAUUUUUAACAAAAAUAUGAAAAAAUUUCUAUGCAAUACUGUUUUUGUAGCCAAAAAAAAAAAACAGGAACAAACAAUAUAACAUUUAAAAUGAAAAGGCAUUUAAUCAACAUAAACUUUUUAGUAAAUCAAUACAAGUUACGAGCCUGCUUUUGAAUAAAAAGAUGCUCAAUUUACAGUUCCAUAAUUUGCGGUACUGCUACCUGGGUAACCAUAAGGGGGCCUGCUGGGUCGGAUCUAGCUCGUGAGCCAUAGUCCGAGGACCUCUGAUGUAGACUUUAGACCACAAAUGUUGCCAUAAUGGCAAAAGAUGGAGUGAGAUUAAUUUUUUGUACUUGUUGUAGUACGGUUGGUUAAAUGGUCAUUAUUACAGAGAGUAUUUGCAUAGUAAGAUCCAUGAUGAAGCCUAGAAAUAAUAAAAUAAGUUUAUUUAAUAAAAGACACAAUUUCAUUUGUAUUGAAUUUACAAUGCUAAAAUACGAUUUACCCUAAUAUAUUUGAAUAUUUUUUUUAAAUUAGGUCAGAAUGGAAAUAUUUUAUUAUAGCCAGGCCUAUAAUAUGUCUAUAUGUCACCAAAUUAUUUUUUCAAGUCAAACCAUGCUGAUGCACUGACUUAAAAAAAGAAGAAUUUCAAGUAGCCCCAACUUCAGUUCUUGUUUAUAAUAAUAUAACUAGCCUUAUGUUCAAAACAUUACGAAAUUAUCAAUAAAUCAAUCUAUAGUUCUAGAAUCUUAAUUAAUGUAUGGGGUAUAAGCAAGAAAUAAUGAUGAUGAAUAUAUUUAUUCAUGCAAAUGGUUGUAUAAUCAAAAUUGCAUGAUAUCAUUAAAAAUACUAUCAUAAUAAAUAUUUGCAUGGUUAAAUUUAAAAACAAUUUCUGAAUCAUUUUCCCUUUGUCCUAUUUUGUUUUCCUUGCAUUUUGUUAAUCUUGUAUCACUAAAUAAAAUGUUGAAAUUAAUUUCUAGUUCUCUAGGUGGACUGCUCUGUUUACUGGUAUUGUCUAUGGAGUUUACAGAUAUAGUAAGAAAGUAUUUCUUAUAUAUGUAGAAGGGUUUUUAAAGAAAUAAAUUAUUGAGUCUGGUUUUAUGUCUUUGAUUUUUAUUAAAUCAUUUAGUGACUUCUUUCCAUUUAAAAUUAAUUGAAGUUGAAGUUAUUUUGUUAAAACUCCAUAUUGUUUGAUAAUAAGUACUUUAUCUCACUUCUAUCUGUAUUAUUAAAGCUGAAAGUAUAAACUUAAUUUGCAUUGUGAGUGUAUUCAUCUAGUAUUGUCAAAAUCUACUUUGACUUGUUUAUUUUAGCUUUCUCUGGGUUGAUGAACUGACUAUUUAUAAUAUAUAAAUUUUAUCCCCUAGGAUACUUGGCUCGAAGAGAAAUUGACAUUCAGAAGCAUGAAUCUGAGAUAUUAGAAAAGCACAGGGAGAAGAUGGCAAUACUAAAGAAACAGAAAGAGACAGGUAUGUGGUAGCUUUUCUACUGAAUUGGAGAUCUUCAUGAGGCUAGGGUAGAUAGGCUUUUAUUUACUAAAAAACUAGAGACUUGGAUAUGCAAAUUGCAAAAUUGACCACUGUACUUAUAAAAACAUAUUUAUGCACAUUAUAGUGUCAAUAUCAAGUGAUUCAAAUAUUGAUGAUAAAAGGGUUAAGAAUUGAGUAUGAUAUGAAAAGAGGAUACGUUUUAACCAUUUUAAAUAAUAUAUAGGGUCUUAUAUUAUAAAGUAUUUAUAUUUAAAUUUAGUAAAUAAGUGGCUAUAAAAUAUUGUCUAUUUUACUGAAUAUUGUUUAAUGUUCAAGUAUUACCUGUAUUGAAAUUAAUUAUACUCUGCUAGCUGUAUCCAAUUUAUAAAUUUAAUUUUCACAAAUUUCACUUAUUUUCAUAAAUGACAAAAGAUUAUGAAAUAAUCAAUUUAAAAAAGUGUGAACCAAGACGCUUUUGAAUUAAUUAUCAGUAUAAAAUCUUUGUUAUAAAAAAACAACAAAAUGUCAGUUUCAUGGAAGCCAACUCACUACCUUUGUAUACUAAAUACAGAAAUGUUUUCAUUUGGAAAUUUAGUUGGUAAAUAUUUGUAAUGUAAAAGAACCUUAGCAUAUAUAUCCAGACAUACAGAGGUAAUUGUAUGUUUUGAUUGAAAUAGCAAUAAAUAACAAAUUAUUAAUGUAUUUCAUAUUCUCUCCCUUUACAGAGGAAAUGAAUGCUCUAGGAAGAGAGGCUGGUGUAGCAGCAAAGUAAAGAUUUAUCCCUUUAUCUUUUAUUUUGGAAGUAGAUUUUUUAAAAUAUAAUUUGCAAAUGUGAAGAAAGGAGCAUUUGAGGAUCCAUAGUCUUAUAAAUUAUGAAUGUUUGUGGAAAUAGAAUGUCUUUAUAUGAAACAUAUGACCUGGUAAAACAGAAUAAAUGUUUAUAAAUUCACUUUUU